UAUGUUUUCUUGGCCUUAGUUGUUGUUUCCGAAUCAAUCAUAACGCUCGUGUUAGAAUUCGAGCUCGCGUCGCUCUUUGACAAAUAAGUUUAUAAAUAAAAUUAAAGGUCUCUGUUUGUUUAUAACCAAAUCGAAGCAGCGAACACGUUCUGUUAGCAAUUUGUGAUUUGCAUAAUUUACGCAACGAAAGCAGCUGCGUCGGCAAUAGAAGGUGCAAGAAGGCGGGGUGGCAGUCCAAGAAGCAGCAGCGCAAAGCGAAAUCAAAGUCUGCGCAUAGAAACAAAAUACAAAAUAGAAAAUUAUUCAAGUGUGUGUAAUUUGUUCGUAGUUGAUAAAAAAGUGUUGAAAUUGCUAAAAAUAGUACAAAAUGGCUCGUUUGAAACAUUUCUAAUUUAUAAAAUAAAUCCUAUAAAUAAAAGUGUGGGAAACCAAUAGUAUAACUACAUUUUGUGGUCAAUCUGGUUGGACGCAGUUUCGUUUUACUCAUAGAACGUGAGCGUGAAUAAAAUUGCAAUAAAUUGCAAUCAAAAUUUUUAAUAAAGUGUUUAAUUGAAAUUUGUUAUUACAAUGGCGCGUUUAAGUAAUUUGUUGUUUAAUUCGACAUCGAAUUUAGAGACUAAACAGUUUAACUGUUAAUUCGCAACAAAUAGCAAAAAAAAAACAAUCAUAAUAAAAUAAGAUCAAUCAGAAAAUUGCACUAACUUUAAAAUAUUUGUUUUGUUUUUUGUGCGUGCGUAAUUUGGGGUUCGCGCAGUGCAACAGAGAAAGUUAUCCACAUACAUUCCACAUUCCACUCAGUAGAACCUAAGAAGAUCGCGCUCUUUGACUCUCUCUCUGAUUUGCGCCCGCAAUAUCAGUAUCGUACUCGCACUCGCUCUCGCUCUUGCCGUCUCUUUCAUUCGAUUGCAUUUAUCAAGUUGAUAACGGUUAAGUGCCUAAUGGCAAGUUCGCUAAACAAGACGAGACACAGGCGCAGAUUGGCUGCGAUCUCGUUUCUAUCGAAUAUCUCAUUAGAUGGCACACAUCGGGACACAAAAUUUGGCGCAACAUUUGGCAGCAGCAUCUGCACGCAACAGCAGCAGCAGAGGCAUUACAACAACAACAAUAAAGGCAACGCAACGGCAGCGUUGGGACUCGGCGCCGGCGGUUAUCAUCAGCAUUAUCAACGAAAUCAUCAGCAGCGCAGCAGCCAAACUCAACAGCAGCAGCAGCAGCAACAACAACAUCAUCAACAACAACAGCAGCAGCAGCAACAGCAGAAUGGAAAAUAUGGUGGCAACACUGCAGCGUUGCAACUCUGCAGCGCCGAUGUGCACAUGGGAGGAGAUGCCGGUAUCGGAAUCUGUGGACUGGAUGAAUGCGGAGGAGCCUCAGCUGUGGGCGGUGCCAGUGAUGGUGAUGGUUUUAGUGAAAUUGAAAAUAUGGGUCAAUACCUGAUGAAUGUGAGCAGCCUGUCCACCCACAAUGCAUCCAGCGUUGUGCCGGUUGAGAGACGCAACAUAAAGCGGCCCACUUCCUGUGGCCGCCAGCCUCAUCAGCAGCAGCAGCAGAGGCAGCAGCAGCAUCCCCAGGCACCGGGCACUGGCAAUAAUAGGCAACUGCCCCAACGCGGUGGCAGCGGCGGUUCUGGCGCUGAAAGUGGCAGCGAUUCGGACAGCGUCAAGAUACCGCUUAAGGUAUCCAAUUUGGGCAGCGGCGGUGGCGUCGGCGGUGGCUUGAAACUGCUGCCCCUAAGGGAACGGUAAGUUUCCAACAUAACUCUAUAUCU